GUAUUAAAACAACAAAUGGAUCACAACAAUCCAGUCCAGAUAAACCCACCAUACCAGUUGGGCUUAGUGGACUCUUUGCUCAAGGAAUGCCUAAGCUACGUCCUACAGGAGUAAGGCCUCAAACUACCAAUGGAUUUAUCAACAGAGGUCCAUUGAUUCCUCCAAAAACUAUUAUCAACAGUCCUCCAACAACACAGCCACCUGAAAUUAGCCAGAGUCACUCAUCACCACCUAGCCCAAAAUCAUCAUCUUGGAGGAAUGUUGACAAUAACUGCCCGAAAGUUUUGGAGCAAAAUAAAAAGGUUUUACAAAACAAUGGUUUCUCCUCUUCUAGAGGACCACCUCCAGCACCUCCCUCACCCAGUCAGAAACCCGUACCGAGAACCCUUGACCAAAGACACAGUCGAACAGGACCACCAGUUCCUAACAAACCUCCUGGUCUUAUGAGAUCUGCUUCCAUGACUAGCCUUGGACCUAAAGGAAGUCGAAAACCUCCACCCUUGGUCAAACCUCCUCCUCCACCUAAGUCUUCUUCAUUAAUUCAGAAUUAUAAACCUCCACAUAAACCAGGAAAUGUACCUCGUCGUCAAAGCUUUGAUGCUUCAGACGUACAGACAGCAUCUUCUCCUUCAGUGCAAUAUACUUCAUCAACUCUUAAGCCUCCACAGACAUUGCCAACUAAGUUAAGCCAGAGGACACCCAACACUGUGGAGGAAAUCAGUUACCAUAUAACUCUGAAACCUAAGGCAAACUUAUCUCUGUCGCCUUCACAACCUGUACUUCCAGUGAGAAACGUUUCAUUGCUUCAGACCAACAAUGUGUGGCCUUCAUCAUCACCACCACCUCCACCAGUUAGGUGCCAUCCACCACCUCCCCAUUGUGUCACUACAUUGUCUCAACUGAAAGUACCACUUUCUCCUCACCCUUCAGAAACCUUGUUACCCCCUCCUCCUCCUGCUAGACACUCUUCGGUAACAGUUUCACAACCAACUGUGGUCAGUUUUGAGGCAAAGUUUAUUGACAAGUUUCACUGUCAGAAGGAGCUGCCUCCUCCCUGUAGUUUUAAAAACAUUACCAAAUCCUAUCCGAGCAAGU